AUGUCCAUGACACCAACUUAUCCUUAUUCACUAUCUUCUCCUCCUAUGUCUUUUGAUCUUAAUAACAAUGAAGAUCACAAUCACCUUCACAAUCUCUUCAAUACAAAUAUUCAUCAAUACUCUUCUUCAUCUUCUUCUCUAUCAUAUUCCACACUUUUCAACCAAAACCAAGAUCAAGGAAGCUCUUAUUCUUGUGAACCAAAUUACAUACAAAGUGGUGUAAAGGUAGUGAAGUUUGUUCCUUCUAGUGGAUCAUGUGAUUAUCAAGAACUAAAGAAAGAAAGUAGGAAUGAAGAAUUUGAAGCCGAAGAUAAUAGCUCAAUGAAGUUGAUGCCAUCGAAGAAGAGAAUAGUUAAGAGAAUGAUGGAAAAUCAAUGGGUUUCUGAGCACAAAUUUGAAAAAGAAAAAGUAUUAUCAAGUGUAGAAACCGAUAAUAGUAGCAACAACAACGGCUCAAACAACAGUAAUAUGAUUGUUAGGGUUUGUAGUGAUUGCCACACCACUAAGACCCCUCUCUGGAGAGGUGGACCAGCAGGUCCUAAGUCUCUCUGCAAUGCCUGCGGGAUUCGACAAAGGAAAGCUCGGCGCGCACUGGCAGCAGCUGCAUCUGCAAAUGGUGAGGUUCAUGUGGCUGCUGAGAAACCCUAUGUGAAAGGAAACAAGUUGCAAACCAAAAGGAAAAGGUCAAAAACUAAGGAGUGUGCACCACCACAGUUGAAAAGGAAGGGUAAAAUUGGAAACAAGUGCACUAGUUUUGAAGAUUUGAUAACAAGCUUAAGUAACAACAUUGCUUCUCAUCAAGUUUUUCCUCAAGAUGAGAAAGAGGCUGCUAUUCUUCUUAUGGCUUUGUCUUAUGGAUUACUUCAUGAAAUUGGUUCCUCCUAA